AUGAAAUGUGUCAUCACUUCCCAUAAUGGACACAACGUGAAAGACAUACCAAACAUCUUCAACGACAAGAAAAAGGAAAUCCAAAAGGAAACACUGGAAAUUGAAUCCAGCAUUAUUCCAAAAUACAAAAAGAAAAACGAAGAUAGUGACAGGGAUAUAACUUUAUGCUUGGAAAAAUAUUUUGAUCUCGAAAAAGAAACAGAGAAACAGAGAACAAUGUGGCAUCGAGAAGUAGACAGCAUCUUUAAUAAAUUCGGAACUUUGAUCACAUCCAUGAGAGAAAACCACCUGGCUGUAUUAAAAGCUAACCAAUCUAAACUCAGAGGCAUGAUUCCAGAAAUCCUCCAAACAGUUAAAAGAAACAAAGAGAUCAUGAAGUCCAAUAAAGUCUCAGAAGUGACUAACCACGAAUCAAACCUUGUUGAAUACAGGAACUCUCUUGCAGAUCCUAGUGUGCCGAUUCCUUCCCUGAAAACCAGUACAGUCCAAGGGAAAGAAUUCAGUAUAGAGCUAGAAAAAUACAAAGCAACUCUUACACAGAUAUCGCUAUCCAGUCUGAAAGAAGAAGUAUCUUUUUCAUCAACGAGAGAGUUGUUGGACAAAGUCAGAGUUAUUGCAACAAUUCCAACUGGAGUGAAACCUCUACAUAGAGUGGUGGCUGUCGGAGGAGAUAAAGCUUGGGUUAGUGGUUUAGAUAAAGCUCUGAAAUGUGUGAACAUAUACGGAUCUGUAGAGCAGAUCCUUGCCCUCACACAGCAAAUCUAUCCUAGUGAUAUAUCACUAACAAGGGAGGGUGAACUGAUAUAUAGUAUUUCUGAAGAUAGAACUGUCAACAUUGUCAGACGCGAGGGGAUAGAGAUAUUGAUCAAAACACCGCAAGAAUGGACUCCAGAAGGACUGAGCUGCACUAAGUCAGGAAACAUACUGGUCACUCUAAGUAAUAGACAGCAAAAAAUGAUUGCCCGCUAUCAUGGACAGGAAGUAAAGCAGGAAAUAUUCAAAGAUGAAAAUGGAAAAGCCCUUUUUGCAAGUGGUAAAUUGGUGCCUUUUAUUGCCGAGAACAACAAUGGAGGCAUUUGUGUUUCUGAUAUUAAUGCCCAGACAGUUGUCGUACUUGAUACAACGGGAAGAGUACGAUUUCGAUACAAUGGUAGACCAGCCGGAAGGAGAAAGGGGUUUGUUCCAAGAAAAAUUGUGACAGACUCUAUGAGUCAGAUCAUUGUGGAAGAUUUAAGAAGUGACUGUCUGCAUAUUCUUGACCAGGACGGACAGUUCCUGAAAUGUCUAGAUAGGUGUGGAAUACCCAAGCCCUGUGGAUUGAGUGUGGACAGUGAGGGGAGGUUGUGGGUAGGACUAUUUGAAAAAGGAGAAAUAAAGGUGAUCAGGUACAUGAUAUAA